AUGACAAACCAGACCGAAUAUGAUGAUACAGAGAGUGAUACAGAAUGGUGGGAAAACUUAAGUGAGUACUUUGAACAAAGGAUUAUUUCCUCCGUAAUCCUUUUUAUUGGCAUUUUGGGAUUUAUGGGGAAUGGAAUUGUCCUCUGGUUUCUCUGCUUCUGCAUUAAGAGGAAUUCUUUCACUGUCUACAUCCUGAACUUGGCUGUUGCUGAUAUCGGAGUCCUCAUAACAAUGACGAUAUUUUUUGCUGUAGGAAGUGCCUCUUCUAUGUUUAUAUAUGUGGAGCUCAUCAUAUUCACAUACAGCACUAGCCAAUUUCUACUGACUGUCAUCAGCAUUGACCGGUGUGUGUGUGUCCUCUUCCCGAUUUGGCAUCGACUUCACCGACCAUCUCACUUGUCCACCAUUGUGUGCGCUGUCAUCUGGGUCCUCUCUUUCCUGCUUAAUGGAACUCAUUACAUACUUCUUAAGACUGAAAUCCUGGGAAAUGAUCACCAUCUAAUGUUCUACCAGUUUUUUGUGAAUGCCCUGCUUUGUGUCCCACUCAUGAUUGUCUCUACUCUGACCCUAUUCAUCAAAGUCUGUUUUAAAUCCCAACAGCGUCAGCGAGGAAGACUUUUAACAGCCAUCUUGCUUACUCUCCUCUUUUUCCUCCUCUUUGCUUUCCCACUGAAUGCCAGUUACUUGGUUUUUACUUUGUACACCAAUUCCCUUGCCUCUCCGAUGCGGUAUGGCUUAUUAUGCGCUUCUUUAAACAGCAGUAUUAACCCAUUUAUUUAUUUCCUUGUUGGGAGAAAGAAGAGCCAGUCUAGGGAAAGCAUGAAGGCCAUGCUUUGGAGGAUUUUGGAGGCGGAAGAAGGCCAUAGAGAGGGCGAGCAAAUUUCCAUUCAAACCCAGUUAUGA